AUGAUCAAGUCGUUUAGGAAAAGCAAAAGACUGUCGAGCUCUUCUGGCUCACCCAAAAGGACAAUUUCUAGAGUUUCUUCGCGAACACUCGACACAGAAAGCGCACUUCAGUCGCCCAAGAAAGUUAUCAAGGCAUUGUACGACUAUGAGCCACAAGGUCCUGGGGAAUUGAGAUUCAACACUGGUGAAUUCUUUCAUGUAUUGAAUGUAUCAGAUGAUGCAAGACACAGAGAGGCUGAGGAAAAUGGAUGGUAUGAAGCAACCAAUCCAAUGACCAAUGCCAAGGGAAUGGUGCCUAUAAGUUAUUUCGAGGUAUUUGAUAGAUCGCGGCCAUCAACAGUAUCGAAUCAGAGCUCGAAUCAAAGCUCGAAUCUGCGUGGUGGUUCUCGUUCACUGAAUCUGAACCAAACAUUGUAUGCAGUUACUUUGUACGAAUUCAAAGCUGAAAGGGAUGAUGAACUUGAUGUUUCUCCCGGGGAAAAUUUGAUCAUUUGCGCACAUCACGACUACGAGUGGUUUAUAGCUAAACCCAUCAACAGACUUGGGGGACCAGGUUUAGUUCCAGUGUCUUAUGUCAAAAUUAUUGACUUGUUGAACCCACUCGCAUCCGAUCCAACAGUUGAUACAUCAAACCGAGAUCAUGUUGUUGAGCUUAUAAAUGGAUUCAAAAUACCCACAGUAGAGCAGUGGAAAGAUCAGACGGCGAAAUACCAAGCAUCAACAAUCCCACUCGGUCAUAUCUCAAGUACAAAAGCUCCUCCACAAUCAUCAACAUCACAAUUCUUUGAUGGACAGACCUCCACUUCCAACAGGUCAUCAUUGGUUUCUAUUUCGAUUGUUGAUGCUAGCGUUGACUCAUAUCAGCUAGACCAUGGAAGAUAUCAGUAUUUGAUAACAGCAAAACUCUCAAAUGGCAAAAUAAGGCACCUUUAUCGUUACUACCAAGACUUUUACGAUUUACAAGUACGGUUACUAGAAUUAUUCCCAUACGAAGCGGGCAAAAUUGAAAAUUCGAAAAGAACCAUUCCAUCGAUACCGGGACCAUUGAUCAAUGUAAAUGAUUCUAUUUCAAAAUUGAGACGCGAGAAGUUGGACUUUUAUUUGUCCAACUUGAUUGCAUUGCCACCACACAUAUCUCGAUCGGAAGAAGUAUUGCGCUUAUUCGAGGUAUUGAAUAACGGAUUUGAUCGCGAAGUUGAUGCACCAAACCGUCGUGGCUCCAAACCAAUAAGCCAAAAGUCGAAUUCGCAUCAGGAUAGAAUGUCACAAUAUUCAAACUUUGGAAUACACCCUCGAGCAUCAGAGCAUUCAAAUGAAUCUUAUAGGUCGAGAGAAUCUUCGAGUGGGAACUUGCUUCUCGAAACUGAUAAGCAGCAACAAAAAGUCAAGGUUAAAUUUUAUUAUGAAGAUGAUAUUUUUGCAUUAUUAUUACCAUCAAAUUUACGACUCCAAGACUUGAAAACCAAGUUAUACAAUAGACUAGAAUUGGAUGAUCUACAGCAGCAUGGCUUCACCGAACCUAAAACAAUAGAUUCGAUUAGAUUGUUUUUGAAGAAUGAUUAUGAAGACUUUGUGAAAGAGUAUGGGUUACACGAUGUCGAUUUCAAUGUACAUGGCUCGAAGUUGGAGGAAUUUGAGGUUAAUGACGAUGAAAAAUUCCAUGAAGUGCUCUAUGAGAAAUGCAAAUUGAUUAUAUUGUUGACUUGA